AUGCUACUUACAAUCAAGGUAUUAUUAUGUUCUGUGUAGGUUUGUAAACGUUUAUUGUUAAGCCCAACUAAUGAUGGGUUAUGUCUGCACAGGAUCCGUCAGGCACAAUGCAGGCUUCGUUGCACAAGAAAGUUCUGCAAGAUCCUGAAUUUGGGAAUCAUAUUGGUGUUGGCUCGGUUAUGGUACUGAAUCUUGUACCAUCAUUACAUGUAUCUCGGGCAAAGCAGUACCUCAGUAUAGUGCAUCGCAACGUCAUCAAGGUGUUUCCGGCUGACAUUGAACCACCAACCAUUGAACUGGUCAAGCAAACAGCAAAACCUGUCAUCCGCCUACCUAUGUGGGCAGAGAACAACAAGCAUGUCCAUGAAAUCCUCAAGAAAUUCAUUCCACCACCAUCUGACAUUCCACCACCAUCUGACAUUCCACCAACAUCUGACAUUCCACCACCAUCUGACAUUCCACCACCAUCUGACAUACCACGUCCAUCUGACCAACCAUCAACGUCCACAGAACCAGCCACCAAUUAGUCAAAUUAUGCUAUCUUUUCUUAUGUAUUUCUGUUAGGCUUAUGAACUUUUACUAUCUAUGGAUAACUGUAAGAUGCUAUUAUGGCAACUUUAACAAGUUAAUCUCCAUAUUUUGUAUGUUUCAGUUGCCUGUAUUUUGUAAUAUUAUGCAUCAAGAUAUUCUAAACCAAUGUUGGAUGUUGGACUUUGCUUUCACAUUUAAAUGAUUUCUAUCUAUGACAUUAAUUACGCUCGGUCCCCUGUGUUUAAAAAGUUGGUGCCCCGUGUUCACAAAAAGGGUUCCCUGUGCCCAAGUUUCUGUACAAAUUCUUGAUUUCACUCGCGUAAUCGUUUACACAGCCUUGUAAACGAUU